AAGGAAACUGAAAGAGGUGCAACAACAAUUGCUCUAGCUUUUUUCUCCCCUCAAGUGGGAAGAAGGACAAAAAGAGGGUCCCCUGGAACUCUCUUUCUGUGGGGGGCAAGGAGGGAGACCCCUUAGCCCCAAGAGCCGCCAUCAUGGCGUCCAGGGACCCCCUGAGGGAGCUGUGUGAAGAAGCCACUUGCCCCAUCUGCCUCCACUUCUUCCAGGAGCCAGUCAUCUUGGCCCAAUGUGGCCACACUUUCUGCCGCCCCUGCCUGACCCAGUGGGCCUCCAUCUCCUCUGCUUGCCCUCGGUGCAAGAAGAAACCUGGCAGCCAGCCCCCCAAGGGGCACUUCAGCCCCAACUGGCCCUUGGCCAGCAUCGUGGGCAUCGCCCAGAGGCUGCAAGAAGAAGAGGCCCAAAGGAGAGAAGCAGAGCAAGCCCAGAGGGGCAGGUGUUCCCAGCACCAGGCGCCCCUCCAUCUCUUCUGCAGAGAGGACCAGACCUCUCUCUGCUGGGUUUGCAGCAAAGCCAAGGAGCAUGAGUUCCACCAAGUGGUGCAGCUGGAAGAGGUGCAGGGCCACUACCAGGGAGAACUGCAGGUCCAGCUGAAGUGUCUGAAAGAAAAAAGAGAACAUCUUUUAAAACAGAUAGAAGAUGAAAAACUGGGGAGACAAGCCUGUCUGGUUCUGUUGCAGGAAGAAAAAAAGAAAAUCAAGUCUCCCUUUGACCAAAUUCACACCUUUCUUAAAGAAAAAUUGAAAACCAGUCUGACCAACCUCAGAGAUCUUGAGAAAGAGACUGAAGAGAAGUACAAAGCCAGAGUUGCCACGCUCUCUGAAGAGAGUUCCCAUCUCACAGACCUCAUCACAGAAGUUGAGACAAAGUGCCAACAACUACCAAGUGAAUUUUUGCAGGACAUUGGAAGCACCCUUAACAGGUGUAAGAGGAAACCAGUAGGCUAUAUGGUGCACCUUCCCCUCCAAAUGCAAGAGAGAAUCAGAAUUUAUUCUCAGAAGACAUCUGCUUUAGAAACAGUUAUGAAUAACUGCAAAGAGUCUUUGGAAUCUAUUGGGACAGAACCAACCAAAGUGAGUGUGACUCUGGAUAAAGACACAGCCUAUCCAUCACUCAUCCUGUCCAGCAAUCUGAAGAGUGUGAUUGUGGGAAGCACUCAAGACCUCCUGCCUGACAACCCAGAGAGAUUUGAAUUUAUGCACUGUGUACUGGGCUGUGAGGCAUUCAAUUCAGGAAGCUAUUGGUGGGAGGUGGAAGUGACUAUGCAGCAGGAAAAAAAAGGCAAUGUGGGCUGUAGGAGUUGCUAGAGAGUCGGUCAGGAGGAAGGGACUCUUCCUCCCUUGUCCAGAUGAGGGCAUUUGGGCAGUGGGAAAACCAAUGGGUGUCUCACCUUCCCACCUUGUGGCUUUUACUUCUCCUAAGCUGCAGCCUUUGAUACUGAGAUGUAACCUUUGCAAGAUCCGAGUAUCCCUCAACUGCAAUGAGAAAUGCGUGAAAUUUUUUGAUGCUGAUACAAACAAGAUGAUCUUCACUUUCCAUUCAGUCACCUUCUCUGGGAAGAUCAGGCCCUAUUUCCGGCUGUGGCAGGGAGCUAAUCUGAUCUGCUGAAUCCUGAGCAGAACACCCUUUAUCCAUGAAGGGAAUUCAGACUUUUAGGUUUAGUGGAGAGUCGCAUUGAUACCCCCCUGAAAUAUUCUGGGCCACACUACCUCUAAAUGUACUAUCAAACUUUGGUGGCCAGCACCAAAUUUGCUACUAGGGUUCCAGUUAUCACCUAUGUUUUAAAGACAAAUUCAUUAACUGCAGACUUUUCCAUCAUUCGAUCUCCAACUGUAGAUUGUUCCCUCUUUUAAAGCUUCUAAAGUUACUGGAAUGAAAGUGUGGACCAAUGUGGAAAGUGUAUGGAUCCCAACCUACUUUGUUUUUUUAUAUACUCCUUUUUGAGGUAAAGAUUAUUAUUACAAAAUGGUGCAAGAUUUUGCAAAAAUAAUCUUUCUUGUGUUGAAUUUGUUGUUUGUGUGUGUUGGGGAGGGGGGUUAGGGAAAAGUUCCUAUAAAUAUACUUCACCUAAUAAAAUAACUAUGGCCAGUAAACCUGUUGGAUAUUUGCAUCUUACUAAGUGAACUUGCAUCCACGGGAAUUAAAUUGUGCAGUUCAGUGACCAUUUA